AUGAAUCAAGUCGCUGAAGAAGCUGUUGAGCAAGCAGCUGAACAAAUAUUCGAUCAAGUGAUUAGUAAUUCUACCAAUGUACUAGAAUUUCUACACUUAGAAAAUUUACCUUCCUGGGUCUCCUAUGACAUUCCAACCAUACAACAUCCAUUUGGUUUACAAUUAUGGCCUAUCUUCUCUAAGGCAUUUGAAUACUUCGCCGGCUAUCCAGCAGAAGAUUUCCAAUUCAUUCAUAAUGAAACUUUUAUGGCUAACGGUCAACACGCUAUUGGAUUGAUCAUUGUCUAUUACAUUGUCAUCUUUGGUGGUCAAGCUAUCCUUAGAAAAUUGAAUGCUUCUCCAAUGCAUUUCAAGAUUAUUUUCCAAUUGCACAAUUUGUUUUUAACUACCGCAUCUUUGGUUUUGUUAUUGCUACUGAUUGAACAAUUGAUUCCAAUGGUUUACCAACACGGUCUAUUGUAUUCCAUUUGUUCUCCUCAUGCUUUUGCUCCAAAAUUGAUUACUUUGUACUAUUUCAACUAUUUGACUAAAUACAUUGAAUUGAUCGAUACCGUUUUCUUAAUCUUAAAGAGAAAGAAGUUGUUAUUCUUACAUACUUACCAUCAUGGUGCUACUGCUCUAUUGUGUUACACUCAAUUGAUGGGCCGUACCUCUGUUGAAUGGGUUCCAAUUACUUUGAAUUUAGCUGUUCAUGUUGUCAUGUACUGGUACUAUUUCCUAAGUUCUUGCCAUAUUAGAGUCUGGUGGAAGCAAUGGGUCACUAGAUUCCAAAUUAUUCAAUUUUUGAUCGAUUUAGUGUUUGUCUAUUUUGCUACUUACACUUUUUACGCUCAUAAAUACGCUGAUGGUAUCUUACCAAACAAAGGUACUUGUUAUGGUACUCCAGAUGCUGCCGCUUACGGUUAUUUGAUUCUAACUUCUUACUUAGUUCUAUUCAUUUCUUUUUACAUUAGUUCUUACAAGAAAUCUAGUAAGAAAUCUGAAAAGAAGAAUGAAUCUGCUGCUGGUAAGGAUGUUAAAUCUUCCGCUAAGACUACUGGUUCCAAGAGUAAGUCUACCAAGGCUUCUUCCAGAAAGGCUUAG